AUGUCCCUGCCUUUGCUGCUGGAAGAACAGAGUGAAAUUCUACCAAGGCGCUCCUUGUACAAGAGGCGAGCUCCUGUAAAUUACAAGCUGCCCAUAUCAGACACUGAGUCGGAGAACCUGACCUGGUGUGAAAACACCCCGGGGGUACUACUAAAAAAGAGCUGGCCUACAAACAAAGAAUUGUUAAAAAGAAUUGCAGAUGGAAACUUUGACUUCACACUUGCAGACCCAACGUUGUGUGCAGGUCCAAUGCUUGCUUUUUAUUUGAAUGUCCCAGCAGUGUACAAUGUUCAAUGGGUUCCUACUGUAGAAGUACUCUCCUAUAUCCCAGAGUUAGGAUCACAAUUAACAGACAAAAUAACGCUUUACCAGACAAUUCAAAUGCUUCUAAAAAAUCUUUUUCAGUUAAGCACUUCAGAAUUCCCAUUGUAUCAGCCAUACAAUAAGCUGUGUCAUCAAUACCUAGACAAACACACACACACCAUUCCCCUGAAAGCAGAUGUGUGGCUGAUGAGAGUAGACUUUACAUUUGAGUUUCCUAGACCCAUUAUUGUGUAUAUCAGAGGGUUCCAGCAUAAACCUCCCAAACUGCUCCCUGCACACUUUCACCAGUUUGUGCAACUAUCAGGGAAGCACGGCAUCAUUGUAAUGUCACUGGGGACCCUCAUCCAAUCUUGGUCACAGGUCAUUACAAUGGAAAUCAGUGCAGCAUUUGCUCAGAUUCCCCAGAAAGCCAUCUGGAGACACGAUCGCAUCAUUCCUCCUAACACAGGGAAUCUCGCACCGAUCCCUCAAAAUGACAUCUUUGGGCACCCCAAUACUCAAGCCUUCAUUUCCCACAGUGGCGCCAAUGGAGUGUAUGAAGCUAUCUACCGUGGAGUGCCAGUCAUGGGCAUAUCCUUGUUUUAUGAUCAGUUUGACAACUUGGUUAGUCUUGAAAGCAUAGAAACAGCAAAGGCGGUUAAUGUGGCAACUUUACAGGCAGGUCUAUUUGGGGCUCUUAGUGAGGUCAUAAACAACUCAAAAUAUUGUCAAAACAUCCAGAAACUCUCUGCUCUUCACAGCGACCAGUCACAGUCUCCGAUGGACAGAGCCAUCUUCUGGAUUGAGUGUACUGAACUACACAAAGUCACAGAAUGUUUUACACACUGA